AAUUUGCUUCAUAGUUGUGGGUUUAGCUUUUAGUUUCUGAUACACGCCAAACAUCUGUAUUCCCGACAAUUAUGCUCUAUAAUGUCCACCACAGUAUUAUUUCAACAGCCAUUCUGGCAUCUCUGCCCGCACUUGCUACCCAGGAACAUCCGGAAGCACCAGUGCUCUGACUCUGCCGCACGGAGGGGCGGAUGAAAUACGCGCACUCUCUCUUUCAGCGUUUUCCUGUCGAAAUCGGGGAAAUUACCAGUUCUGCGCUGGGAGAAGUGUCAAAACACCUUAAACGGACGGACGGGUUUAUUUUAAACAACAUUUUGUACACACUUAAGCUCUUCCACGCCAUUUUUUAUUGUUCACCUGUCGAUGAUGGAAAACUGAUGGCCUUUCUCAUGUUGGAGGCUAGCUGUUCAUUCUGAAGGUGCAGGAUGAAAAGAUGGCACAGCUGCUUGUACCACCAGGUCCAGACAGCUUCCGCCCCUUUAGUCGUGAGUCCCUCAAAGCCAUCGAGAGACGGAUCGCUGAGGAGAAUGCCAAGAAGCCCAAGGGAGAGAAAAGAAAACGCAAUGAUGACAAUGGGCUCAAGCCCAGCCGUGACCUGGAGGCGGGCAAAUCACUCCCUCUUCUGUAUGGGGACGUUCCUAAAGGCAUGGUGUCGACACCGCUGGAGGACCUUGAUCCCCACUACUGUAAUCAGAAAACUUUCAUAGUAUUAAACAAAGGAAAUUUCAUCUUCCGCUUCAACGCCGCGCCUGCCUUGUACCUCCUGAGCCCCUUCAACCUUAUUAGAAGGAUAUCAAUUAGGAUUUUGGUACACUCAUUGUUCAGUAUGGUGAUCAUGUGCACUAUCAUUGCCAACUGUGGAUUUAUGACUCUGAGUCGACCCCCUGAUUGGGCAAAGAAUGUAGAGUACACAUUUACUGCAAUCUAUACAGUUGAAUCCCUCAUUAAAAUUUUAGCUCGAGGGUUCUGCAUAGGGAAGUUCACAUUUCUAAGAGAUCCCUGGAACUGGCUGGAUUUCAGUGUCAUUGUCAUGGCGUAUGUAACAGAGUUUGUAAAUCUAGGCAAUUUUUCAGCUCUUCGCACAUUCAGAGUGCUGAGAGCUUUUAAAGCUAUUUCAGUUAUCCCAGGCCUGAAGACCAUCGUUGGUGCAUUGUUCCAGUCAGUCAAGAAGCUUGCCAAUGUGAUGAUCCUCACUGUCUUCUGCUUGAGUGUCUUCGCCCUCAUAGGGUUACAACUGUUUAUGGGCCAUUUAAAGCAAAAGUGUGUACUGAAGCCAGUAAAUUUCACCUCAAAUGGUACCAUGAAUGAAACAGACUUUUGGAACUCGAAUGAGUACUUGCUCGAUAAGCGUAAUCAUUAUUACAUUCCAGGCAAACGAGAUCCAUUGCUUUGUGGAAACGGCAGUGAAGCUGGGCAGUGUCCGGAGGGGUUCAUUUGCCUCAGAGUGGGAAGGAACCCAGACUAUGAUUACACCAGCUUUGACUCAUUCGGUUGGGCCUUCCUCUCUCUGUUUAGACUGAUGACACAGGAUUACUGGGAAAACCUUUACCAGCAGACGUUGCGGGCAGCUGGGAAGCCCUACAUGAUCUUUUUUGUGCUGGUGAUAUUCCUCGGUUCCUUCUACCUGAUCAACCUGAUCCUGGCUGUAGUAGCUAUGGCCUAUGAGGAGCAGAGCCAGGCCACCAUAAAGGAGGCUAAGGAAAAAGAGGAGGAGUUUCAGGCCAUGCUUGAGCAGUUGAAACGGCAGCAAGAAGACGCUCAGGCAGCAGCAACUGCAGUUGCUGCAGAGAGCGGAGAGGUUGCUGACAAAAUUGGUGGCAUUGAGAGCUCCUCUGACACCUCCAAGCUCAGCUCCAAAAGUGCCAAAGAGAGACGCAACAGGCGAAAAAAAAGAAAGGAGGGCAAAGGGGCUGAUGAGAAGUUUCCUAAAUCCGAGUCACAGGACAGUAUGAAGAAAGCUCGCUGCCGCUUCUCUGUGAAUGCAAACCUGCUCAACUAUGAAAUGAAAUGCUCAUCCGCACAUCAGUCCUUUCUGAGUUUUCGUGGACCCCUGUUCUCAUCUAGACGGAACAGCAGGACCAGCCUUUUUAGUUUCCGAAGCCAAGCACAGGACGUGGGCUCAGAAAAUGAGUUUGCAGAUGAUGAGAACAGCAUUUUUGAAGACAACCUGAGUCGGAGGGGCUCUUUGUUUCUUCCCCGAAGUUGUGAUCGACGCAGCAGCAGUAUGACCCAGUGCAGCUUCUUGUCACAUCGCCUACUUCCACCCAAUGGGAUCAGGCACAGCUCAGUAGACUGCAAUGGGGUUGUGUCUCUGGUGGGUGGGAAUUCACUUCCAUCGUCACCUGUGGGGCUCCUUCUGCCUAAAGUGACAGUAGAUAUGGCCUCCACCGGAGACAAUGCUGACACCACUGACACAGAGUACAGACAGGCCGGUGGAGGAACACACCAGGAGUUUAUGGACUUCCUCGAGGGCCCAGAGGCCAGACAGAGAGCUCAUAGUAUAGUUAGUGUUAUAACAAGCACAAUGGAGGAGCUUGAAGAGUCGAGGCAGAAGUGUCCUCCUUGCUGGUACAAUUUUGCCCACACCUUCCUCAUCUGGGAAUGGUGUCCAGCAUGGCUGAAGUUCAAGAAGGUGGUUAAACUAAUUGUGAUGGAUCCAUUUGUGGACCUAACCAUCACCAUCUGCAUUGUACUCAACACUUUGUUUAUGUCUAUGGAGCAUUAUCCAAUGACCAGGGGUUUCACCCGCAUGCUGACUGUGGGCAAUCUGGUAUUCACUGGCAUCUUCACGGCUGAAAUGGUCCUCAAGAUCGUUGCUUUGGACCCAUACUAUUACUUUCAGGAGAGAUGGAACAUUUUUGAUGGAAUCAUUGUCAGUUUAAGCUUGAUGGACCUUUGUUUGGAAAAAGUGGGUGGCAUGUCUGUUCUGAGAUCAUUCAGACUGCUGAGAGUAUUCAAGUUGGCUAAAUCAUGGCCCACUCUUAACACACUGAUCAAAAUAAUUGGUAAUUCAGUGGGGGCUUUGGGCAACCUGACGCUGGUGCUUGCCAUUAUCGUCUUCAUCUUUGCUGUGGUGGGCAUGCAAUUGUUUGGAAAAAACUACAAGGACUGUGUGUGUAAAAUCUCUGACGACUGCACUCUGCCCCGUUGGCACAUGAAUGACUUCUUCCAUUCAUUCCUCAUUGUGUUCCGAGUUCUUUGUGGAGAGUGGAUAGAGACCAUGUGGGACUGUAUGGAGGUGGCUGGGACGACCAUGUGCAUUAUUGUCUACAUGAUGGUCAUGGUUAUUGGAAACCUUGUGGUGCUGAAUCUGUUCCUGGCGUUGUUGCUGAGUUCGUUCAGUGCUGACAACCUGGCAGCAACGGAAGAUGACAGCGACAUGAACAAUUUGCAGGUUGCCAUUGGACGGAUUCACAAAGGCAUUGCCUUCGCCAAGUCCCUGAUUCGAAGCAGCUGCAACAGUGUUUGUCUCGGGGAUAAGAAGAAAGGGAAGGAUGAGGACAAAUCUCUGGAUGAGCUAAACAAACCUUUAGGGCCGAAUGGUGUCCCCAACCAUACCAUCAAAGACUUUUCUAAAAAUGGCAACGGGGAUGUGACUGGAGUGGACAAAAAUGGAGACAAGUACAUAGUCAGCAGCAAGAGUGAUGAUUCUAUAAUGUCUUUCAUCAACAAUGCUAGUCUGACUGUCACUGUUCCGAUCGCUGUGGGAGAGUCUGACUUUGAAAACCUCAACACGGAGGACUUCAGCAGUGCCUCAUCUGAUGCAGCUGGAUGCCAUGAGAUUAUAGAUGACGAUGGCCAGUUCAGCUCCUCUGAGGGCAGCACAGUGGACGGUACUACAGGCAAGGAGAGAGUAGAGUCUGUAGACUUUGAACUUGAAGAAUCUAUGGAACCUGACGCCUGCUUUCCUGACGGCUGUGUGCAAAGGUUCCAGUGUUGUCAGGUAAAUGCAGAUGUGGGCUGGUGGAAGGUGUGGUGGACGCUAAGAAAGACCUGUUACCGGAUUGUGGAACACAACUGGUUUGAGAGCUUUAUCAUCUUCAUGAUCCUGCUCAGCAGUGGAGCACUGGCAUUUGAAGACGUCUACAUAGAGAAGAGGAAGACCAUUAAAACGAUGUUGGAGUUUGCAGACAAAAUCUUCACCUACAUCUUCAUUCUAGAGAUGUUACUGAAGUGGGUGGCGUAUGGAUAUGCCAAGUAUUUCACAAAUGCCUGGUGCUGGCUGGACUUCCUCAUUGUUGAUGUCUCACUGGUCAGUAUGGUAGCCAAUGCCAUUGGAUAUUCUGAACUUGGUGCCAUCAAGUCUCUGAGAACCCUGCGAGCUCUGAGGCCCCUGAGAGCCCUGUCACGGUUUGAAGGCAUGAGGGUGGUUGUCAAUGCCCUUCUGGGAGCCAUUCCUUCCAUCUUCAAUGUGCUGCUGGUAUGUCUCAUCUUCUGGCUUAUCUUCAGCAUCAUGGGAGUCAACUUAUUUGCGGGGAAGUACUACCAUUGUGUCAACCGAACCACAGACAAGCGUUUCCUUCCAUCAGAGGUGAAUCACAAGAAUGACUGUUUGGCCUUGGGCGAUGAUGUUGCUCGCUGGAAGAAUGUCAAAGUCAACUUUGACAAUGUCGGUUCGGGUUACCUUGCGCUGCUGCAAGUGGCUACAUUCAAGGGCUGGAUGGACAUCAUGUAUGCUGCUGUGGACUCAAAGCAGCCAGAAGAACAACCAGAGUAUGAGAUCAGCCUGGUUAUGUACCUAUAUUUUGUUGUUUUCAUCAUAUUUGGAGCCUUCUUCACACUCAAUCUCUUCAUUGGUGUCAUCAUAGACAAUUUCAAUCAGCAAAAGAAAAAGCUAGGAGGUCAAGACAUCUUCAUGACUGAAGAACAGAAGAAAUACUACAAUGCCAUGAAAAAGUUGGGGUCAAAGAAACCACAAAAACCUAUUCCUAGACCAUCAAACAAAAUUCAAGGAUACAUCUUUGACUUCACCACAAAACAAGCAUUUGAUAUUGUAAUAAUGGUUUUAAUAUGGCUAAAUAUGGUAGCCAUGAUGGUGGAAACUGCUGACCAGUCACAGGAAAAGGAAAACGUUCUCUACUGGAUUAAUGUAGUAUUCAUUUGCAUCUUCACUGGAGAGUGUUUGUUGAAGAUGAUCUCGCUUCGUCAGUACUAUUUCACAAAUGGUUGGAAUAUAUUUGAUUUCAUCGUAGUCAUCCUGUCAAUCAUUGGUAUGUCUAUCUCAGAGUUGAUAGAGAAGUAUUUUGUUUCGCCAACCUUGUUCAGAGUCAUCCGAUUGGCUCGGAUUGGCCGCGUCCUCCGCCUUAUUAAAAGUGCCAAAGGAAUCCGCACACUCUUGUUUGCCUUGAUGAUGUCACUUCCUGCCUUGUUCAACAUUGGUCUCUUGCUGUUCUUGGUGAUGUUUAUCUAUGCCAUCUUUGGCAUGUCAAACUUUGCUUAUGUCAGGCAUGAAGCUGGCAUUGAUGACCUUUUCAAUUUUGAGACAUUUGGCAACAGCAUGAUCUGUUUGUUCCAGAUCACCACCUCAGCAGGGUGGGAUGGCCUACUAGCUCCCAUUCUCAAUAAACAUAAAGAUGAUUGUAGCAAUACCAAGGAGCAUCCUGGCAGCUCUGUUACAGGAGACUGUGGAAAUCCUCCUGUGGGAAUUGCCUUCUUUGUGAGCUACAUCAUCAUCUGUUUCCUGAUUGUGGUAAAUAUGUACAUUGCAGUCAUCCUGGAAAACUUCAGUGUGGCCACUGAGGAGAGCGCAGACCCACUAAGUGAGGAUGAUUUUGAAAUGUUUUAUGAGGUCUGGGAAAGGUUUGAUCCUCAUGCAACACAGUUCAUGGAGUACAAUAAGCUGUCAGAAUUUGCAGAUGCUCUGGAACCACCGUUACGUAUAGCCAAGCCUAACAAGAUCGAACUGAUCUCUAUGGAUCUACCCAUGGUGAGUGGUGAACGCAUUCACUGCCUGGACAUCCUGUUUGCAUUUACAAAACGUGUUCUGGGCGAGGGUGGGGAGAUGGACAUCCUAAGGGGGCAGAUGGAGGAGCGCUUCAUGGCCUCCAAUCCUUCCAAAGUGUCCUACGAACCCAUCGCUACCACCCUCCGCCGCAAACAGGAGGACACAUCAGCUGUUGUCAUCCAGAGAGCAUUCAAACAGUAUGCAAGGAAAUGUGCUGCCAUUAAGUCCUCUGUGACAUCCAGUGAUAACAUUCAAAAGGAUGAAACACUCAUUGACAAAGUGGAUGUUGUUACAGACAAACUCAAAGAACUUUCUAGCGCAGACAAAAGUGAACUGACACCUUCAACAGCCACUCAACUCUCAUGUAACAGUGUGACAACAAAUAGAAAAAACAAAUAUGAAAAAGACAAAAUUGAAAAGGAGGUUGUGGACAAAGAUGUCAGUGAGCAAGAUAUGUAAAGAAUGCUGGAGAUGCUACAAAGACAUUUUAAUUAAUGACAAAAUGUUUACAACCUUUGAAAGUGACUAAGACAUCCAUUGGACUCCCUUCCUUAGUAUGGAUAUCUAUGCCAAACUGACCAUGCUUACUUGAGUCUAAAGGUUUGUGCCUAAAAUGGAAAAGUGGCUCAUUCAGGCUGUAGUGGGACAAUUGUGGCUGUGUUCAGGAGCAAGGGUGCCUUUUGGCUAUUUGUUUGGAUGGGUAAGUGUUCUGAAAGACACAUUAGUUUAUGCUUUAACUUCUAUUGCAGCUAGUUCUGCUAUCCAGUGUCUUGAAUUAUUGUUAUAUCACUGACUGUUGUAUUACUUUACUUAUUUUUCAAGCAGAAAAAAACUGUUUAAAUUGUAAUUAUGUUAAGAAUUCAUAGUUUGGUUAAUUGACUUUUUAUACAAUUUUUUUUACUGUUCAGAAGGGUUGUUCCUUCAGGGGUAGUCUUUACAAUGAGCAGCAGUGCUUGAAGGCUAGUCUUGCUAACUGAUAGCUCUUAGAAUACUUGACAAAUCCAAGAGACCAUGACGGAGUUGCUGCAGUUAACUAGAAAUGUAGACCUGCAUGAAUGUUUCUCCAUGAUUAUGCAUGCUAGAGUGUACUAUUUUCAUCAUGCUCUUUCCCUAUACAGUCAUGACAUGGCUGUUUUUUAUACAUUACCGAAACAUGACCUUAGCCUACAGUCCAAACAAAUGCAGCCGAGCGUGCUGAUUAUGUUUGAUUAUCAGUGUCAGAGCAGUAACACUUGGCAGAAAUACUUUGCACAUUCAGUUUUGGUGAAUCAUCAAAAGCAUUCACGUACUUCAUCUCAGCCUGCUGUGUGCUACCUAUGUACCUUUUACAAUAUUGCUAAUUAUGUACACAUUUUAUCAUGAAACUGUGCUAAAAACUGAAGGUUUGUCUUUCAAAGCUGGAUAUCCAAGAAAAAGACUGUGUUGUUUGCAUACUGUAACUGGCCCUGUUAUAACUUACCUUGCUUAACCACAAAUCUCUUAACAAUUUGCUCCAGGAGGAGAUUAUCUGUAAUAUUGUCUAUUUGUAGGACAGCGGCAUCAUUUACAAUUUUUUUACUUCUCCAAAAUACAUGUCUCCUUCAUGUGUCUACCUUUUCCUCAUUUUAUCUUCUUUACAGUUUACCUCUCAGUCUCUAUCAUGAUAAAUAUCUAAGUUGGAUGAAAGAUGGCUCAGAAUAUUCUGAAUGAUUGUCUCAAGGACGUGGCAUCACACAUCUCAUGUGCCCUUGGCUGUUUCAUACUUCUGUUUACAUUUUAAAGUGGCAGUUGUGUUACUUUUGUCAGUUCUUCCCAUAGCUAUGACAUCCACCCUAAUCUGUGUCACAACUACAUCUGUUGUUCCAUGUUAUAAAAGUAUAAUUCCAUUCAUGUAAGUAUAUUUUGCAUGUCAUUAGAAUGUUCAAUACUUACACUAUACUUUAUGCAUAAUGAAAGAAUGUUUUGAUCACAUAGAAUUUAGCAUCUCCCAUCAUUCAUAUGCAUACUGCUUGUAAUGUAUAAAUAAAAACGCAUGCAAAACACUGCUAUAACCCAUUUCACUGAAACGCCAAAAGAAUAAAGAUUACAUGUACCUCAA